ACCGAGAAAGCAACUAGAGGGUGCAGAGAGAGAGAGAGAGAAAAAAAUAAAGAAGGAAGGAACAGCCUCGGUCAGAGAAAAGAGCGAUAAAUACAUUUUGGGGACAGGAUUUGUUUAAAAAACGACUGCUUAACGAGACCAUACAUAUUGUGUGAUUCCAAUCAAAUUGUGCAGGUGAGAAUCGAGAUUUGAAGCGGUGGGUUGUCUUGGUGUAUGGUUGAAGACAGAAAAAAGGGACCCCGAAAAAUUGGAUCAACCUCAACGUAAUAUGGAAUUUCCGAUGGCCCAAGAGACUAACCCAAGCCUGACACCUGUGCUUUGUACCACUGGCUGUGGUUUCUAUGGCAACCCCAGGAACAAUGGCAUGUGCUCAAUUUGCUACAAGGAGCACCUGAAUCGUCAGCAGAGUAGUACCCACGGCUUGAGCCAACUUAGCCCAAUGGUUGGUAGUCCUACCCCUGAUGCCUCAGCCAUCCAGCGACUAGAGGCCAGUCUAGCCAAAGUAGACCCUUCAUCAGGCUCUGCUGCAGACAUGGCUAGAACUAUUCAAGGCUCUCUUCCAGUGACUCAACAAAUGACAGAGAUGAGCAUCUCAAGAGAGGAUAAAGCAGAGCCUGUUGUGACUGAGCCUACUUCUUCUAGCCCUGCCACUGGUGACGAGGCUAAGGGAGACACCCCUAAUCCCAAGAAGAAUAGGUGCUUCAUGUGCCGCAAGAGGGUGGGCCUAACAGGGUUCGAUUGUCGCUGUGGGAACCUGUUCUGCGGUCUCCAUCGGUACUCCGACAAGCACAACUGCCCUUACGACUACAAGGCGGAGGCAGCUGCCAAGAUCCGCAAGGAGAACCCUGUAGUGGUCGCCGACAAGAUUCAGAGAAUAUAGGGUUAAGAACCAUCCACACAAAGACUGAAGUAUGAUUGGACCCUCGACAUGAACAUUGGCAUAAGGAUAUCGGACUGGUUUUUAAAAUUACAACCUUGAGAAAAGUGAGAGUCCUUGCCUGAGGGGGAGAUGCAUGAACGAUCACUAUGUAUUUUUUUAUUUUUAUAAUAUAUUGUUUUUCCUGUAUCUUUGCCGAUAUUCUGUUUUUUGUUGUCUUUUAAAAAGAAGCCCAGGGUACCUGUCGAUGAGACGUAGUGAAUGUUGGAGAUGGAUAGAAAUGCCAUAAAUAGAGCCAACAUGAUCCACCCCCCUCAACAUGUCAGAGGGGCAUGUCUGUUCUGCGGAACAUAUUUCUAUCUGGACGUUCCAUCGCAACGUUGUGCCCCACUGAAUACAGCCCCUGAGCUGUUUGGCCACUUUGUUGCCAAAUUGACAAUGGAUAUUUUGUCAAACUGUAUGCACGUGCAGUAUCCCGACGAGUUCAGUUGUCUCCGUUUCUACUCUCCGUUCACAUCAGUUGGUCGGGUCAGUUGUCUGAAAGGUAUGACCUCUAACUGCAAAGCUGUUUCAGAAACUUCUGUGUGACCGCUUCCGCCACUGCGCACUUUUGCCACAGCGCUCUCACAGCUGCUACCCGAGCGUGCAUGCAAUUGCAAACAUAUUCAUGGGAAACAGCUGUUCACUAAUUUAUUGUUUUGAACACAAAAGGCUAUAUGGAGGGCUCUGUCUGUACACGGUGUUGUACCCUUGCUGUCUUGCAUGACAAAGACACGUAAGCCUCUCCGACCCGCCUACCUCGCAGCAGGACAUGUUUCUCCUCAUCGCAUUGUGCAUGUGAAGCCUUCUCUUAUAAUCACUUUGUUAUUGCCAGGUGAGGGGGUUACCUCGAUAGGCCAUUUUUAGGUAACCUGGCACAGUUUCCUUUUGAUCAAGUGACAGACAGUCGUUAUUUUGACUUUCAUUGUUAGAGGUUUGAGAACGGGGACAAAAACACUUAAUUAACCAGCUAUCAUGUGGGACUGAGGGUUGCGUACACUGACCCUGGUGCAGAGGGUUGCGUACACUGACCCUGGUGCAGAGGGUUGCGUACACUGACCCUGGUGCAGUUCUCUAAGUGAGGCUUGGGCACUACCCGUCUAUGUUAUGAUAUAUGGGGGUAUGAAUGGGAUAGCGCAACCCAUGCAGUUAUGUAAAAUAUCUGAAUGAAAUGGCAUCACUCGAGACUAGUGCUAGGUCAUUUUUUAAAUAAAUAUUUACUGACAUUAGCAAAUGUAUUCAGUAUAGUUGCGGAGUUAGGCUAUAUGAGCCAGCCAUGCUUGUGUGUGUGUUAAGAGCGAGUGAGUUUGAGUGAGCACAUGGUUGUCAGAUUGUGUGCGCCCCCACCUUAGUCUGAAGCAAUAUGGGUUAAACAGCACAAGCUACAGGAGCAUGCCAGAGCUACGGUUUGAAAAAUAGAUUCCAGAGUUGGACAACUUCUUUUCAGCUUUCUAUCCGCUAUGGGGCUGUGUGAGACCUGUGUUGAUCUUAUUUUUGUUCUCCUGUAGGGAUGUGAGGUCUACUUUUAUUAAGAAAGUUAUGUUUCAGUUUCCCCUUUUGAUUGUUAGUUUAUAUGCAAAUUUGUACAAAAAAACAUAUGUAUUACAUAUAAUCUUGCUACCCAGCAUUGUUCCAUGUAAAUAAAGACUGUACAGAGAGACAGUA